AAACGUAAAACCAACAGCCAGGCAUGCAGAUUUCGGCAGGUCUCCCGAUAUAGAGCUGUGCUGUGGUCACGUCUGAUUUAUUGUAGCUGGUGAUAAAGAGAAUACGUUAAAACGUGGCAUUUUUACAAACUGUCGAUGCGAAGCUUAGCAUUGCUGCUGUGCCCGUGUGUUGUCGCGGUAGUGGUGCACCUCUUGAUGGUCAUAAACAAAACCGCCUCGUUUCUGGAUCUCCUGCAUACAGACCAACAGGUCCAGUCUUGUGAAGUUCUCGUGGGAGUACUUUCGGCUCGUAACAACUAUGAUCUCAGAAACGCAAUAAGGAAUACCUGGCUUGGGCACCUGAAGCAGCAUCCUGAGUUGCAACACCGCAUUCUUGUGAAGUUUAUUGUUGGCACCAAUGGCUGUGAUAUACCAGAGGAGGAUAGGGAAGACACAUAUUCAUGCAAGCUUCUCAAUCUCACUUACCCAGUGAUCGAGCAGGAAAUUGAGGCAGUGAGUGUGCCUGACGUAAGUGCUUGCAUCCCUUCAGAGGCUUCUGUUGUCAGUGUUGAAUUUAAAGUCCUUCACACCAUAGUAAUCACCCGGCUUGGGGUAUUCCCAGAUGGAAAGGAUUUGGAUUUCAGAAGAAAUGUCACUGUCAAACUUUACCAGCUCGAGCAAGAGGAAGCUAUCAUUACUGCUCGGUUCAGCCCUAUCAGUUUCGGAGUCAGUAUCAACGGACUGUGGUACAAACCUGUGGAGCAGUUCAUUUUGCCAAAGGGAUUUGAAGGCACACUUGUCUGGGAAAGCCUAGACUCUGAGGGCCUCAAUACAGCAGAUGUCACUGGUGUUAAAUUUAACAGGGGAGGCGGCGUAUUGAGAAUUGCCACACUUGAAGAGGGUGUCUUACCACACCGAAGUACCCAGGGUGUUCCCGGAUUGGCUGGAGGAUUUACAUAUGCUAUAUACGAAGCGGAGUCACUGUCUCAGAUGCUAAAAGGGCGUCCUGAGCGGAUGAGAAGUCACUCUGCUAUACUGAGAGAGGAGGAUGCUUCGCUGGAGGAGGAGAGCCACACACAUCAGGACAUUGUUUUCGUUGAUGUGGUCGACACCUACAGAAAUGUGCCUUCUAAACUACUGCGCUUUUAUGAGUGGAGUCUGUUAAAUACAGAUUUUGAUUUGUUGUUAAAAACUGACGACGACUGUUAUAUUAACAUGGAUGCUAUGAUAAAGAAGAUAAAGCACAAAGGCUUGAAGAGAAGGAAUUUUUGGUGGGGAAAUUUCAGGCAGAGCUGGGCAGUGGACCGGACUGGGAAGUGGCAGGAGCUCGAGUAUGCAAGCCCUGCAUACCCAGCCUUUGCCUGUGGCUCAGGUUAUGUUGCUUCUAAAGACCUCAUACAGUGGCUGGCAAACAAUGGUGACUACCUGAAGUCAUACCAGGGUGAAGAUGUCAGUAUGGGAAUUUGGAUGGCUGCUGUUGGACCUCAUAAAUUUCAGGACAGUGGCUGGUUGUGUGAGAAGGAGUGCCAGGCAGACAUGCUCUCCUCCCCUCAAUACUCUGCAAAGGAGCUGGCUGCACUGUGGAGCAGGAGAGUAUCCUGCGGGAAUCCGUGUGCUUGUCAGGAAGAUCAAGGCUGAGUUAGUGAGCCAAUCCUAUGGCAAAAUGAAUAAACAUGUCUUUAAAAUCCAUGGAUGAGAUGCACACCCCAGAAUGGAACAGUUUGAUCUGGCCUCUUUGGUAAAUUGAAUAGCUUGCUGCAGGUGAUGCUUAGUGGGGUAGUUUUGAAAGCAGUCCAAACUAGAUUUGUAUAGCUGUCUUCAUUAUGAAUUGAUAUUAUGGGUGUGAAGAAUAAGGCCAGUGCCAAUAUUGAAGCUUGUUUUGGCCCCUUGGUGGUGUGAUUAACCAAAGUUCAUAAUAACUUACCAUUGAAACAUUUAUAAAAUUUGAUAGAUGCUUUGUCCCUUAUAAAAAAUAUAAGGGUGAUGCAUAUCUACAGCUUCUUUUGUGUAGCAUUGUAAUUGCAUUGUAGCUUAGGAGUUGAUGUGAUCAACCUAUAUAGCUUCAUUUUACAGAAUCUGUUGUACCUAGAUUGAAUCCACCACUUUGAGGUAAAUCCCAGGAUAACCACGGAUAGGUGGUCCGUGCAGUCCAGGCCGGUUCCCCAGUCUAAAAUCCAGCUGUUGAUAUGGAAUAGGUUGAUAAAAUGAACUGCGUUGUUCAGGGUUGGGGUCGGGGGGAAUGUAUUAGUUUUAUGCUAUGAAAUCAAACCUAGAUGGAUUUCAGAAUGAGCCUUCAAAAUAUAGAUGGGAUUCCAUCAGAGUGGUAACCAUAACCAGCAUUAACGCUGGUGUCUGCAAAUGAACUGCAAAUCCUGGAAAGUAUCAACUUUGGUUUUCAUGGAGGACACCAUCAGAUAAUGUGUUAUUUUAUAUCGGGUAGGGGAUAAAUAAUAUUGCUAUUGAGAUUUACAUCGUAAUACAAUGAGUGAUGCAUUAAGAACCUUGUGUAUCAAAAGAAACAAUCGUGAAAAAUGUUUAAUAUAUUUUAUGUAUUUUGAUUUUGCAGAUUUUAACAAACAGAUAUCAAUUGAAUAAAAUAAAGCUAUGCUACUGUGA